UCCCGUGUUGGGUGCCAAGCGGUUUCGGUGGACUGAAACUCUCCGGCUGACGCUCUUUGUUUUUGCCGGAGCACAAUUCUCACGCUCACUUCGUGAGCUUAUCUACAUCGUCUUGCUGAAGAUUUUCUCGGAAGCGAAGGUUCAGUCUUGAGCAGAUUUUUCAUCCUGAAAGGUGAAGUGAAAAGCUUCGUGACAAACCAUAUUGUCACUGAAAUUAUCUAGGAAAUUUUCCAUUGUUUUUUGGUUUUUCAGUUCGUUUUAAAGUGCCAUCGUUGAGUUUUACCUUGGAAAAUAUAGUCCAAAAUAAGUGGUCCAGUGGUGCAGCGGAACCCUCGGGUGGGGCUGUGCCCCAAAGAAGUGUUCUAGAAUAGCGGGCUGGAGUGGUGCAAUUUUCCAGCAAUGUUGGGAUUAAUGGAUUUGUACUGAAUUUGCUGUCACAGCUGAAAACAAGUCGUAGCUUCCCUUGCACAACACUUGGAUCCAGAUAUCCAGGAAAGUAGCGGUCAACAUCGGACCAGUAUUGAUUCUCGUGACAGCUAGUGUUGAUCCUGCAACCAGUGUAAUAAAACGGAAAUCCCACGAGUAGCCUGACUGAGUCCGUCAACCGCCAUCCCCCGUCUCCUGAAAUCAAGCCGUGCAAGCGAGAGGGGGCCAGCAUAACUUUAAAGUGAUGUAAUAAUAGCACAAUGUCAAAUAUUGACAUAUCGACGACAGCACUAGCAGCAUGGACACACAACUGGCGACAACGCGUACAAUUGCUGGUGGCAUCAUGGCUGAUGCUGGUCAAUAUUGGCAGUAGCACCGUCUCGGCCGAGGGCAAUAUCGGAUGCCUCUUCGCCGAGACACUCUGCGUCGAACAUCUCGAGUGGUGCUACGAUGAUUUCGUAUUCGGCAAGUGUCUUCCACAAUACGGACUGGAACCGGAAGAACUUUUCCGGGAGCCGCUCGAUGAAGAUCAAUCUCGGUUUUUGGCGAUUAUGCUGGAGGAUCUGCAAGGAGCUGGUUUGGGUUGGGAGCACCCAUUCACUCAGUGCCGUAUGCAGGGAGCCCUCUUUGCAAUGCGUUCCAAUACGGAAAUUCCUCGGAACCUGUGUGCUAACCUAGCCCCAGAUCCAGAAGUACUUGGCCCACAAAGCCCGUUAGCAUUUGUUCGUUUCACCCCCCCAAACGAUGAAUACGCUGAUGAAGUGUACUUUCCUCCGCUAAAGAAGUCAUCAUCGUCUGCACAUUCUCCAUCGUUCUAUCCGUCUGCUUUGCGCACCGUGAAGAAGUCUCCGAACAUAGAACUCCUUGCGGAACCUCUUGUACCUAUAAUUCCGAAAUAUCAUCACACGCCAAUUGUAGAAGAGAUUGAACCUAUGCCAUACCCAAUUAUAUCACCUGUCAUUGAUCAACAACAAGAAGAACGGGAACGAAGUCGUCUUCGCGAGUUACGAAAUCGAGCAGCUCUUCGUCGGAUGCUACAGCAACUGGAGGUUAGUAAUUUGGAACCCCAACGCUAUCCUAGUCCUGACGUCACCGACUAUCUCGACGAUGUGGUUCCUAACGAGAUCGAACUCUUCAAUAUUCGAACCAAACAACCAACUUCACUCAACGAGAAACGCGAUCACUCGAUUUUCAAAGAGCAGAAAGCCGAUAUUGAUGAGGAAAAAGCCCUGAAAAAGUUAGUGGAAAAGCUGACUCCUCUGGAUGAUCCCGAUUACACUUUCAUAAACCCUAAGACUACUUCAUUCCGGGAAUAUGCCAACAAGCAUCAUAUUCCCAAGAUCUCCAAUUUUGCUCCCGAAAAUGUCAAUGAUCCCGUCAACAAUAAAGACACUCCCAAUCUGGACAAGUUCUAUAAUCCUGCCCAUCACCAUCUGAAUGAUCUCAACGAAUUCCCCAGCACGUUCCGUGAGGAUGCCCAGUAUGCCCCGUCCGAGGCGGGUCUCUACACCGAGGGUGGAUUCGUCUACGUACCGAAAACGGGCACGACGAAGGGUAAAAAUGAAGCGCGCGCCUUACUGGACAACAUCCUCGGUUUCACCCGUCACGAGCGAUUGGAUGUGAAGAAACCGGGUCCCCCGGCAGGUCCACCGCCGUCGUCACCAUCGGUCAGUGAAGUGCCGCAGGAAACGUUGCCCAGCAGCAGCAGCAGCAGUAAACAGGAGCCGGACGACGAUUCCAAGCGGCCCAAGUCGAAAAAGGAAUUGCACGUUCACACCGAUGAUAACCAUGCUCCACAUUCCGUCGAUACCGAGUAUGCACACGUGAUUUUGAAAAAUCCGAUUGAUAACUGGAAAGAUGGAUCCCGGAUCGUUACCGCGCUGGCUGAAUUACUGAACAUGCAGGGAUAUUUCACACAUCCAAGAGUUGAUCGCCAUGAAGUAUCGUUUCGCGUCGAACAGAACCCGGACAAGAAAACGGCCGCAGACGUAGCGAAGCAAAUCAAUGACAGCCGGUUCAAGAACAACCUCUCCCGGCGCCUUGGAGUUCUGGUGAUCCAGGCUGGCGUAGGUGACAAAACCAAGGAAAUAGAUGCCGUGACCACCGAACGGUUGAAGCGCGUCGAGGAAGGACCCGAUGUAACCCACGUGAUGGCGUUUAUGUUUGCAGGAGCUGGUGCCGCAGCGAUUAUUGUGAUCAUGAUCACUUUGUUUCUUAUCAAGAAGCAUGACAAAAAGAAGGAUAAACUAGGUGGUCUACAGGCUGGGUUAGCCGGAGCGGACAGUUGCAGUAAGGACUAUCAAGACCUGUGCCGAGCAAGGAUGGCCGGAAAGGCAGGUACAAAUGAGUCACCAGGAGGACGGAUAACUUCGUUGGCGAAAGAAGCUGAACGUCCACCAUCGUCUCGGUCCAGCACAUCGUCCUGGAGUGAAGAACCUGCUUUGACAAACAUGGACAUCUCUACCGGUCACAUGGUUUUAUCGUACAUGGAGGAUCAUCUACGCAACAAGGGUAGAUUGCAACGAGAAUGGGAGGCACUGUGUCGUUAUGAAGCAGAACCUAGUGCCAGAGAUGCUGCAUCGCAGACACAAUGUGCUCCUCUAAACCGCCCGGGAGCACCGCUACCUUAUGAUCAUUCUCGGGUUGUACUGAACCAUUUGGCCAAUGCGGAAGGAAUGGAUUACAUUAAUGCUUCUACAAUCACGGAUCACGAUCCUCGUGCCCCGGCCUAUGUAGCAGCUCAGGGUCCAAUGCAGUCAACGCUGGCCCAUUUCUGGCAGAUGGUGUGGGAACAGGGUGCCGUCGUACUGGUGGCACUCUGUCGACUACAAGAAAAUGGCGAAUCAGCCUGUGCCCGGUACUGGCCCGAGGAAGGUGCGGAAGUGUACCACAUCUACGAGGUACAUCUGGUCAGCGAACACAUCUGGUGCGACGAUUAUCUGGUGCGGUCAUUCUAUCUGAAAAAUUUGCGCACGGGAGAAACACGCACCGUCACCCAGUUCCACUUCCUUUCGUGGCCCCAGAGUGGUGUUCCGACCUCGGCCAAGGCGCUGUUGGACUUCCGGCGCAAGGUGAACAAAUCGUACCGAGGACGUUCGUGUCCGAUUGUUGUGCAUAGCAGCAACGGUUCCGGCCGCACCGGUGCGUACAUCCUACUGGACCUGGUGCUGGGUCGCAUGAAUAAGGGUGCCCGGGAGAUCGACAUCGCGGCUACACUGGAGCACUUGCGCGAUCAGCGGGCAGGACUGGUUGCUACCCGGCAACAGUUUGAGUUUGUGCUGAUGGCCGUGGCCGAGGAGGUGCACGCCAUUCUGAAAGCUCUGCCACAGAACUCGGGUGCUAGCGGCGAGAAACGACCAAGUGAUCCGGAGAAGGAACAGCUGCAGCACAGCAAAGAUCACUCGGAAUCGGAGGCUAAGGAAAAGGAUAAACCAACGGAUAAGUGAAUAAUAAACGGUUCAAUUGCAUAAGUUUUUUUUAAAGAGUUAUGGUUUGUGUUUCCGUUUUCCGAGAUUCAGUUUUUGCCCCCCAAAAACUUGUUGCUCAAAAUAGAGAAAUAUGACUUGUUAUGGAAAUUAACUUUUACUUGUUUCUAAGAAUUUCUUUUCAACUAUCAUUUAGGGUUCGAAAAUUAUUUUACAAUUGUAAAGUUUUGCACAAAUAGGUUUAACAUCGGUUGUUGUAGUUCAGAUUAAGUUGAUGGAACACGAAACACUCGAUACUGGAAAACCAAUGCAAACGUCUUAGGGAAUUUUGAAUGACACAAAUAAAACCCAAACCAAAUUAUUGAGUAUAGCUGUUAUUUAAUCAAUCAUUAAAACAAAUAUAAAUUAAAAGAGAACGUAAUUAUUAUCUGUCAAUUUUUCUAACUAGUGAUAGAACAAAUUGACAACAACAAUGAAUCAAGCCAUGAGGACAAGUUUUACCCUCGUCUUGAGCGAGGGAAAAUUUGUCCUCCUUAAAUUCGAGGUAUUUUCAAGCAUCUAUUGGGAAACAUUUUCUAUCAACCAGCAACACAUUCCGGUCAAAAUAUUGGUACCUGCGCCGGUUAUCCGCCGCCAGCCAGCGGAAGUGACAUAUUCGGAAACAAGAUCUGAAAAGAAGUUACCACCAAUCAGAAGUUAGAGGCGCAUACACCGGACAUAUGUAGACGAGUAAUGUUGAAAUAAUCAGAUAAGAUAAAUAUCAUCAUUUAAUUAUUUCUAUAAACUGAAAACAAAAAAAUAUAAGAACAGUAACAGUAAAUGGCAUCUAACCAAACCAAGUUCACAUAUGUACCUCUAAAGAAAACACUUUUUUUAAUAUGAAGAUGAAUUUUAAAGCCGUUAGAAAUGAAGAUAAUUGAAUUAAAAAGUAUAUAUUUGAAGGGCCAGGGCCAUGGUCAGGAACACUGCAGAUGAGAUUAUGUAUGAGUAACAAAUACAAAUGAUAAAUCAGACGCAACCGACACAUCAUCACACAAUCACAUACACACACACGCGCAAUAAACGGUGCGGUUCGCCGUGCGGUUUAUUUACACAUUCUACCACCAUCUGGUGACGAACUAGGGAAACAACUAUCGAUGCAGCUAUUAGAUAGGAUUCUAUAGAAUACGAACAGUGGCGAGGGUUUGUUAAUCCGACACCAAACGGAUGGAAACGUGAGAAAUGAAAUAUAUAUUUUUUGAUUCCUUAUUGGAUUUGAAGACGCACGGAAAAAAGAAGACUACAAGCUGAAUCUUAUUUUGGAUAACGACAAAUGAAACAUGCGAUUGUUCGAUGAAAACAGUUAAAUAACAUAAGGUAGCUUUUAAACAAAGAGAAAAUCCAACAGAUUGAAGAAGAGGCUCUUCACGCAUUUCUUCAUAUUAUAUAUAUACAUAUAAAUAUUGGAGCUGUAAGAUAAGUACUUAUAUAUAUUAUAUACAUAUACAGUAAAGGUACAUUUCGCACGUCUCCAACAAACAUGUUAUAAUGAUGAAACAUAAACUAGCACAGCAUAGAAAUAUAAAUAUUGGCUCACCCUGCCCUGUCAACGUGUCCUAAGCUAUCCAGCCAGUUUAGGCUCAUUGACAGGUGAAAUCAUCCGAACUUUUUGCUAAUUUCCCUUGUAGAAGGAAACACUAGCACGACCAGAGAGUAGGUAGAUUUCGGCAGAUUGUAGAGUGGAUUUGACAUUUAUUUUGGUUACUUCUUUUCGGGGGCCAUACCGAAACACAUUCCUAAAACGGUUAAAGUAGGCGUGAAAAUUACCUCUCUUUGGUCGGCACAAGAAUGCGGAAUAUUAAUGAGAAAAAAAAAACAAAAAUAUUGGAAACAGAACAUCCGGUUGAAAAAAAAAUAACCUAUUUGUUUACAUUUGAACUGUCAAACGAGUUAUCUAGAGACUGACAUAUGUCUGUUUUGUACACGUUUUCUCUUUUUUUUUGCUACUAAAAUUUUGUCCCACUGGAUAAAGAACUUAACUUUUUGAAUAACAAAGUUAAACCAUUGUCAUUCUUUUCGAUGAAACAUCUGACCUUCGUUUUCACUUCACAUGAAAUAUUACCUAGUAUUCUAUCAGCAAAGGAAAGAACCUUAUAAAAUAUAUUCGAUGUAACAAGUUUCAAAAACUAUUUCGAAGAUGCAAACACAUUUUUAAGUCAUUAUUCCUAGAAAUUAGACAUAUUAUACAGAUUCAUAUACAUAAACAAACGACUAUAUACAAAAGUUAUCCAUAUAGCAAACAACUUAAAGCAAAAAUCACAAAUGGGGCUUAUUAUUAUACAUUAAUCAUUGUUUGGUAUUAGGCAAUGGCAAAACAAAAAACCAUUGUCACAAUCAUUUAAUGGUACAUCUUUGUUGUUUAGUAAUCGCGUCGACUGCACUGAGAUCUCAAUCAUCAGAGAAAAAGUUACACUGGAGAUCCUCUCUGCGUCGGUACGAAUUGUUGUGUGAAAGAACAUUGAAGGUGUUAGAUGGUGAAAAAAAAAUGAAACAAGUUAUUCUUAUCAUUUAGAGAAAAAAAGAAGGGAAUUAUAACAGUUAUAUAUUACGUGGUAACAAAAACAAAAAUGAAAAGUAUUCAUAUAUUCUUGUGUAUAAAUGUCCACAGCAAAUAGCAUUAUCAAAACUCAAAACAGGCGAAAUAAAAUGUAUAUCAACUAAACUCCAUUGUCCUAAUUAAACACCUGGAGAAACGUGCUUGUAUAGAGCGUUACAAAAACAGACUAUCUGUUGUUCUGAUUAGGAACAAAACACGGAUCAUUUAAACAAUGAAUAAAGCAUUCUAACACACCUAUUUUACGAAUGAGUAACAGCACAACGCAGAAAGUUUAAUUGUUUACACUCAAAUUUAAUUGAAACGAGUGCUGAAAAGAGAGAGAGAUACAACGUAACUCGAAAUCCUAAACUGAAAUGGAAUUACGAGAAUUUUCACAUAUUCGACCAGUUUUUCAAACCAAAUUCGAGCGUCGCGGUCGUUUAUGCCUUAAGUAGCAAAUAACUUACACAGUUUGUUACAAAUUCAGCCACAUGUAGCUAGCAGCACUCAGAAUGUUUUUCGUCGGUCACCCUGAAUUUUCGCGAAAUCUCCUAACCAAGCAGAGCAGAGUGUAGUAGAUCAGAACGGAUUAAUGACAGCAGAGACGAGUAACACCGGAUAAAAAUCUCUGAAUCAAAUUUCUUUAUGGUAACAUAUUUAAACAUCAGUCACAAAAUAUGUAAAAUAUUUACAGAACACAAACACAUCCUUAUUACAUGUUGUGUAAUGCAUGAAUAUACAUACAAUAACGCAGCAUGAAAAACUAUGGAAAUAUAUUAAACAUAUUCUACUGAGAAAUAAAUCAAGCAAAACAAAGUGAUUCUAUUUAUCUGUAUUAUCAGAAUAGAUUACAGUUCCCAACUGCACACAAACAUACACAAACAUGCACGACACUGGUCUAAAUAUUUGGAAACAGUGCUUCGCAGAGAGACUUUUAUUAUCAAAGCACACCGGAAGAGAAGGUAAACAUUAAUGUUAAAUUCAAUGAAGUUCCCCAAUCUAUCGAAUGUGUAUGAUGUAGUGAACUCUUUUUACCUGAUAACAAGCUAAACAAGAAGAAGAAAAUAGACAAAAAAAAACUAAAUAAAAUAGUGAUCGAAUGAACAAAAUCUACACGACAGGUGAAUGGAUGCUGAGGAUCAGCAGGCGAUGGAAAUAAAGUCCAAUUAUGACAGUCA